AUGGAUGUCCAGUUGAGUACAUCCGGGAUGGAUGUGACGGUAGGGAAAAAUAACGAGGCAGACAGGGAGGCGAUGUGUAGUAGAAAAGAAGACAAGAAUAGGAUAACGAUGGAAAACAUAACGAAGUUCAUAGUGGCAAAGUUUGUCUUGGUACUACUUGUAUCAACAACUACAGCUCGCUCAAUUUUUGACGUUACAAAAGAAGGUGCAAAGAUUGAAGCUGAUAUCAACCAGGCUUUAACUAGUUCAUGGAGCAAGGCAUGUGCGUCAACUAUCCCUAGCAAAGUGCUUAUUCCAAAAGGGAUAUACUUGUUAAGUCCAUUGACUUUAGAAGGUCCAUGCAAAGCUGCUAUCGAGGUUGAGGUUCAAGGCACCCUUAAAGCCAUAACCAAUAGCAAAAUGACCAAGGAUGGUAGUUGGGUCACUUUCCAACGUAUCGAACUCUUCACAUUGUCAGGUGGUGGAACUUUUGAUGGCCAAGGAGCCAAAGCUUGGGGUACCUGUGGCAAUAAUUUUUGCAAACAACUUCCCAUCAAUAUAAGGUUCGACUUCAUCAUCAAGGGUUUUGUCCAUAAUAUAAAUUCAAUGAACAGCAAACAAUUUCAUUUUAACGUCUUGGGUUGCAACGACUUAACUUUUCAACGCGUUGGCAUUAUUGCACCAGCUGAUAGCCACAACACUGACGGGAUCCACAUUGGAAGAUCUAAUGGAAUUAAAAUAAUAGAUUCAGACAUCAGAACAGGUGAUGAUUGUGUCUCCAUUGGUGAUGGUAGCAAAAAUAUAUCAAUUACCAAUGUUGAAUGCGGACCUGGUCAUGGUAUCAGUGUAGGAAGCUUAGGAAAGUUUGAGAAAGAAGAACCCGUGUUUGGAAUCAGUGUCAAGAAUUGCACUUUAACUAAUACUGACAAUGGUGUUAGAAUAAAAACUUGGCCAGCUUCUACUGUUAAUUCUGCAUCAAUGAUUCAUUUCGAGGACAUUAACAUGGUUAAUGUUAGCAAUCCUAUCCUCAUAGAUCAAGUAUAUUGUCCAUGGAAUCAAUGCAAUGCUAAGGUUCCAUCACGAGUUAAGCUUAGUAAUAUCAGCUUCAAGAGAAUUCGGGGUACUUCCGCAACUCCUGUUGCUAUGAAGCUUGUUUGUAGCAGUGGUACGCCAUGUCAAGGUGUGGAGGUUGCUGAUAUUCAACUUAAAUACAUUGGAAAAGGACCAGCAAUAUCUGAAUGUGAAAAUGUCAAACCCAUGAUUUCUGGUGCAGUGAACCCGCCUGCAUGCAGCAGCAAAGCUUAA